AGUGUCUGAGUCGAAAACACUACACCACUGUUCAGUGAUAUCUCACAGUGAUUGCUGCUUUUCCUCGCUGUAUUUUACACUACUGAGGUCAAGUUUAUACACUUAAAUACUGUCGUUAAAACGUAAUAACACCCCGAGAAAGCUGAUACGAUGAUGGUUUAUAAGGUAUGAUAUUUUUCUAUGCAUCGCGAGCCGGAUCGACACGAAACUCUAUGAACUAUGAAUAGAUUUUAUUGGUUCAUUCUAUAUAACAAUGAAUGAAUCACAACAAAUCUAGAAAUAUUUUCUUUAGAGAAAGAGUCGUUUAGAAAACCAAUCACAAAUUACGUUUAUUUUAGAUUCGAAAGUUCGUAUUUAACGGGAGAGUCUAUACAGCCGCGAGUUUGACAGCAUUCAGUUCGAGAGCGUAUGUUCUCUACAGCGCAAUGAAAAUCUAAUUUGAAACCGCGCUACAGUGUGGCAUUAGACUAAAAACUUUGUGGUGAAAUAGGAUUGAAAUGUAAAUGCGCAAAGUUUUGUCUCAAUGAGCUAUUUUGAACGAGCAAGCUCACUGCGCUAAUGAAGUCAAUAGUUCUUCAUAUUAAAACAUAUGAUAUAUCCAAAUAUAAACUAUAGGCGCGCUUACAUAUGAAAUAUUUAUUUAUGAAUUUGCGCAGCCAAUAUAUAUCAUACAUAGCGUUCAUCCAUCAACGUUAGAAGUGAGUAUGUGAAAUGUAUGAAGUAUGUAAAAAUUCACAAGUGGGUGGUAAAAUGGUCAUAAGCGUGGCAGUAAACCACAAUAUUUUAAUGCAUAUUGUAUUUGUAUGUAAAUAUUGUUUGGGGUCAGAUGUUGACAACAUGAGAGUUGGCAUUGUUUAGUACGGGGGACAUUUCUAGCUCUAGAUUAACAUAGAAUGCAUGAUAGCUGUGUUGGGAAAGCAUUAAGAUUCAAUAAUAUCAAGCCUUCGUUGGUUGAAAAUGGCGACUACUUGAAAAAUACAAAGCGAAAUUCGACGUUUCGAGCGAAGGCUCUUUCUUAGUCGGAAAGUUAGUGGCGAAAUCCAACACCAUAGCCUAGAAAGAGCGUCUUAGAAUGAGUAAAAAGGCAAAGUUUGGUUGCUAAAUGUUGUAAAAUGAAGAAAAUAUAGCCCACGUGAAGUUCGCAAAUUUUAUGAUAUAUUCGUAUUACGCGCGGUAAAAAUAACCAAAUGCAAAAAAUAUAUACAAAAUUUACAAACUUGACAGGGCUAUAUUUUCCUCAUUUCGCAACAAUUCGCGACCAAUUUUACUCAUUUUAAGAUGCUCUUUCCAGCAGUAUGGUAAUCAGAUUUCGUUCUUCAUAUCUAGAUCAAAAUUUCGUCUAUAGGUGGAGUCAUCCAAAAAAUGUUGAAUGAAAAGCGAAAAACGGCCAAUUUCAUGUUUUCUUCCAGGUGCUUUUUCUGAUGUUUACCAUCAACACAGGAUGUUCAGCGUGGAGGAACCCGCCUGGUCUCAGUGGUGAAACAGGCCAAACAGGCCCGUGUCCUCCAGGUCCACAAGGUGAAGUGGGUCCUACCGGGGAUCCAGGAUAUCCUGGGUAUGCUGGCUUGAAAGGCAUUAAGGGUGAAGCAGCGACCCCGUUUGCCAGACCCCCUCCUGGUGAGAAAUGCCGUUGUCCCAGUGGUCCAAAGGGGAGCGGAGGUAUUGUGAUUUACUUGUGUUUUGUAGAUGGAGAUUUCGAAUGCAUAUCAGUUAUAAGACUAAAUUUUGAUCAAGGCUAGAAGAACGAAAUCCAACACCACAGCUAGAAAGAGCAUCUUAGAACGAAUAAAACUGCAAAGUUUGGUUGCUAAAUAUUGUAAAAUGAAGAAAUUGUAGCCCUGUGAAGUUCGCAAAUUUUGUACUAUAUUUGUAUUACGCGCGGUAAAAAUAACCACUUUCGGCUCAAAAAUGGUUAUUUUUCUCGCGCGUAAUGCAAAUAUAUACAAAAUUUGCGAACUUCACAGGGGCUAUAUUUUCUUCAUUUUACAACAUUUCGCAACCCAACUUUGCAGUUUUAUUCAUUCCAAGAUGCUCUUUCUUGCUGUGGUGUUGGAUUUCGUUCUUCUUACCUAGAUCAAAAUUUAGUCUGUAGCAGAGCUCGGAAUCAUCCAUUACUUAUAUCAAGUGUACAUGCCCAAAAGCUUUUCCAACUUAUGAACAACGAACCUCAACUUUAACAGUAGUUUCAUUGCAAAUUUCAGGUGAAACUGGAGAUCCUGGUAGAGUAGGCCGGCCGGGUAGGAUUGGCGGUCCUGGACCAUGGGGACUGAAGGGUAAUCAGGGUCUACCGGGGGUACCUGGGAUACCUGGUGUUCCAGGACCACCCUUACCACGAUACCCUCCUAGCACUCCUGACGUCAUGUAUAUACCAGUGGCGUUCCAUGGUAAAGUACCCAGAACAAUGUGUCACCAUAUCAGAAAGCAAGCUUAUGGUGAGUAUUACAACCUUGAGUAUCUCAAUCCAGCAUCCCAAGAGCCCAACGUUAUGUUCAUAGCAUUGUGUUAA